AUGGCGGGGCGAACAUACGAUGAUGCCAUAGUGGCGCUGAAUUCCCUGCAGUCGAAUUUUGCCAUUGUCGAUGCGAUUAAGAAGUCUGGGGGUGCCAAAAACCAGCAGGCGAUUCCGGAGAUGAUUGAAUGGUGCCAAAAGCUGGGAUACGAGCCCUCCGAUUUCAACCGUCUCAAUCCGAUUCAUAUUGCCGGUACAAAAGGAAAAGGCUCGACGUCUGCCUUCGUUUCGUCCAUCUUGACGCAAUACAUUUCAUCGACAGAUAGUGCUUUAACUAUAGUCCGCAAAGUCGGUCUGUUCACUUCGCCUCAUCUGCGGUUUGCUAGGGAGCGUAUCAAAAUCAACAAUACACCACUAUCCGAAGAACAAUUUGCGAGAUACUUUUUUGAGACAUGGGAUCGUUUGGAACAGUCGGCGCGUGCGGCAGGCAUAGACCCUUCGACCCCUGGAACGAAGCCAGUUUAUUUUCGCUUCCUCACGCUCAUGGCUUUCCAUACCUAUAUAAGCGAAGGCGUUGAUGCGGCUGUGAUUGAGUGCGGUAUUGGCGGGGAAUACGAUUCGACAAAUAUUAUCGUGCAGCCGGCAGUCAGUGGCAUCACGAGCCUCGGUAUUGAUCACGUCGGUUUGCUGGGCUCGACCAUAGAGGAAAUCGCAUGGCAUAAAGGUGGAGUCAUGAAACCCGGGGCGAAAGCUUUCACUGCGCCCCAGCCUGAAAGUGCCUUGGACGUCCUAUAUAAAAGAGCCCAAGAGAGGGGCACUGAGUUGAUUGUUGCCAACAAUCAUCCCGAGCUGAAGAAAGGCAGUCCAUUAAAACUUGGCCUAGAUGGUGACUUUCAGUACAUGAAUGCAAAUGUUGCGGUUGGGGUUGCUUCUGAAUUCCUCAGUCACCGCGGCGUCGAGGGUAUACCCUCGUAUAUUACGACUGAACCGCUACCAGAGAAGUUUCGAAAGGGCCUGGAAGCCACGAGACUAGGUGGGCGGUGUGAAACACGCCAAGAAAAGAAGGUUUCUUGGUACAUUGAUGGGGGUCAUACUCUCGAGAGCAUUCGUCUUUCCAGUGAAUGGUUUGCCUCACAAUUGGUAUCGGAUAUUGGAGCACAACAGCCGCGAGUCCUGAUUUUCAACCAGCAGACUCGAGAUAGUGUGGCACUCGCUCGUGCUUUGUAUCAGACCUUGGCCGAAAGUCUUGGUGCCGAGCAGCCUUUCACACAUGCUAUAUUCUGCACCAAUGUCACCUACAAACAGGCAGGAUAUCGUCCUGAUCUCGUGAGCGUCAAUACUAAUGCGUCGGACGUGGCAAGUCUAAGCGUUCAGAAGACACUCGCUGCAUCGUGGCAAGAGAUUGAUCCCAAAGCCGAGACAUUGGUUUUUGCCACGAUCGAGGAAGCCGUGGAAUUUGUCCGAGACCUUGCUGAGAAACAGGGCUCUCAAGAGGGCACAAUCAAGACACUGGUGACUGGCAGCCUGCACCUUGUGGGAGGCUUCCUCGAUGUUCUCGAAACCAAGACCGAGUAG